AUGCGGAUGGAGAUGAUUGAAUGUUUCGCGGAGCAUGAGAGAUUGCUUCGGUUGACGCAUGGAGAGAUUAAGGAACGAUUAGACAAAAUUGAAUCCGCCGUUAUCGCACGUAACAGCGGAGACGGUCAGGCUAUGGGGAACUCCUCAAACAACUUGGGACACCUCGAUCAUGCCACACCCGUCUAUACGCGGCAUGUUGCCGAUAAUCAAGGGAGUUCGGUGGGGAUGCGUGUCACGGUGCCCUCCACACCGCCCAGUGAGCGGUUGCAGCUUAUACACCCGGAUUCCCGCGGGGCGAGGAGUGACGGUUUGCUUUCAGCGGGUGAGCACGCGGAUUGGGUAGCGUUGACGACCCCCAGCCGCCAUGAGGCCACACCAGCGGUGUCUCCACAUAAUAAAUGGACCAAUGAUGAGUUGUCCCUGGUGGAAAGAAAUCCUUCAGUAGAUGCCACCUGUGUUGAGGCGUUCAACAAAUUAAUGAAUGAUGAUGAUCUUCAGCAUUCUACGUUGGCGCAUUUGGGCGCCUCCAAUAUUCAAGAUGAUGAGUCAAGAUCAUCACAAUAUCAGCAGAUGUUAAGUCCGUACACAAAAAAGAAUGAUAUUAUUCAUGUGGGAGCAACAGAUACUUUGCAAACUCAAUAUCUAACGACGAGUUUGAGGGUAACGUAUGUCAAUGGCCGGCCACAAGUUGUGCCCAUUCCAGAUGGGGCCCCCGAUGAACCCGAAAAAUUGGGUAUCAAUGUACAUGCGCCGUGUAAGGUGUUGGUUGAGUUUAAGCGAAAACGUGUACUGCAGUUUGAGUCCAAGGAGUACGUUCCGCCUGGCAGUUACGUCAUGGUGGGUGGUGAUCGCGGGGAGGAUAUUGGACUUGUGACAUACACUUGGUGCGAGACAACAAUGUUGAAGAAGAAUGACAUCAGUGGCUCCGGCAACGGCAGCAGCAAACCCGUCGUCUUGUGCGUUGGACUCACCGGUAGCACUCUCACCCACAAUAUUGGUCUCGGCGCAGGUACUGUCCUGCGGUUGGUAGAUGAAUCAGAUGUGGCACAGCUUCAUACUGUGCAAGUGGAGCUUGAACGACGUGCCAUUGACGUCUGCUCCCAGCGUGUCCUCGAUCGUGGGCUACCCAUGACUAUCGUGGAUGCGGAGUAUCAAUUUGACAAGAAAAAACUGACAUUCUUUUAUGAGGCGCAGCAACGCAUGGACUUUCGUGAGCUCGUGCGGGACCUCUACAAGUCGUUCCGCGCCAGAAUCUGGAUGGCGCUGGUGGAGAACUGA